AAGUAGGACAUAAAUUGUAUUCAUAUUCACAAAAAAUAUCAAUUGUUGGUAUUAAUUAAUUUAUUUUUCAAUAUCUAGACCACAAAAGACUUCUCAAUUCAAUUGCAGGCAACUGCUUUUAAUUAUUAUUAUUUUUUUUUUGAAAAAAAAAAUUGGAAGCCCCUGCAGUCUUUAUUAAUUUUCUUGGUCGCAAACGGGGUGAUGGCAUGAGAAACUUCAAGAGAGAUGGGAGUGAGUACGGGAGGGAGAGCAGUGGGAAGGGCACUGCCAAGCCUGAUCAGAAGCCUGCGAAAAGAAGCUCCUCAAUCUUUCAAGUCUCCAAAUCAUCCCUUGCCCUCUCUAAGACGCGCCUUCUCUCUCUACGAUCAGAUCAAUCUCAUCAACAACGUCCCCGAUGACCAGCUACGCUUUCAAGGGUAUUCAAACACCGGUUUUACAGUAAAUGGCGUUGAAUAUGAAGGUAGCUUGCUUUGUAUUGGCAACUUGCUAAUGUCUUGGAGUCCCACAAAGUUUUCUGAGAUCACUUCGGAGAGUUUAUCUAUCUUCCAAGUUGUGCGGCCUAUACCAGAGAUUUUAAUUCUUGGCUGUGGGAGGCACAUUGAACAAGUAGAUCCUGAGCUACAGCGAUUCAUUCGGUCUACAGGCAUGAAAUUAGAAGCCAUUGACUCGAGAAACGCUGCAUCCACUUACAACAUACUGAAUGAAGAGGGAAGGAUUGUGGCUGCUGCACUUGUCCCAUAUGACUCUUCUUGAUGAUGUGUAUGCAAAAUGCCAGACUCAAUCCACUUACUGGUAGCCCUAAAGUGUGUCUUGUUAAUUAAGGCUGUGUUUAAAUGCUUAAUCGUGCAUUGAGGUUUUUAUUGUUUGUUUGUUUUUUGGAUUAAGUUUUUAAGCAUUGUAACCAAAGAUUUAAAAAAAAAAAAAACAAGAAGAAAGGAAAAAGGUGUUUUAGUAGUGCA